AAUCAUAGACAAUUGUGUUCGUUCUGUCAAAUAUAUAGCUUAGGAAAUAGAUUUUAAAUUCGUGUAAAUGACAACAAGGAAUUUCGGAUAAACAUUGAGUUCCCUGCGAGCCCCGAAAAUAAAAACACUCAUCUUAUUUUACUCUUUGCCGCAGCACAAUUUCCUCUUUCGCCUUUGAUGAGGAACACCCUUUACAAAGUUAAUUUUUAUAUUAGAACCCAAUUUUAAGGUAUCAUAUAUCGCCGGGGUUGAACUAAAAUCCCACCAUGGAGACGCAAGUUGAUGUAAACACCGUCUGCACCAAGCUUGUUACCUUUCAUUUAAUGGACAACGAGGAGAAAUCGGCUCAGGUCUUUGCUGAAUGGGUACUGGCGAAUAUGGAUUUUUUUUGGCAGGGAAAGGUUUCUGAGGCCCUGAUGACCUACCUCACCAUCGACAAGUUCACGGAGGAGCCGCGUCAGGUGGUCAAAUCUCUGAGAGUCCUGCACGAGGUGACCACACACUGCACUGAAGUGGACUUGAAGCGCCUGGUUCUGAGUACUGGACUGUUGGGAAUUCUAAAGGAUAUACUGGAAGCACCCAAAGUACGUGGUUUGAUUGUGCGCUCCACCUUGACCUUGAUCAGCAACUUGGUGGUGGGCGGGUGGCGUAUACGUGAUGCUAUCGACGACUCUGGUCUGCUGAACGCCAUGGUCAAGCUAAUGUACAACCAAUACAGCGAGAUUUCCAGGUACAAGUCCAUGAUGAGCCAGUUGGUAUGGCUGCUGUACCAGUUUCUCAGAUGCAAGGUGCCAGGACCUAGCGAGAAGACAGUUGCCAGGAUUGCUAGAACCGUGGCAACUCAGCUUAAUCCCAGCCAGGAUGUAACAAUACUCGUUCCACUUCUAAAGCUGGCCCGGCUUAUUUCGGAGUACCACUCGGUCAUGCUCUCGGCGAUGAUCCAGUCAAGACUCCUCGCCAGGGCAGCCCCUUUCGUCCGCAGUCCCAUUAUCGAAGUCAAACGCGAAGCUAUCUUUAUUUUGUCCAACACGUGCCAGCAGCACAAAAAACGGCAGAAGCAUGUUCUCUACCGGUUCCCCAAAAGCAUCAUUCUUUACAUCCACGGCCUGUUUCUGUAUGGCCCCGUGGAAAUCCGCGUUCUGGUGCAACGCUUACUGGGCGGGAUCAUUGACAACCGAUGCAUUCGACCCUGUAUGAUGCUCGGACUCAUUCCGAAGAUCAUUUUCUGCGCCAGCAAGCGGGAACAGGAGCCGCAGGUGCGCAGUGAAGCCAGCUGGACUCUGGUCAGUCUUGCCAUGCACCUGGAGCCUCGAAACUGGCCUCUCCUCAUCGAGUACAAAGGAUACCACGUCAUGUGUGAAAUCCUUCACCGUCCAGAUGUACCCGUUCAAUUGACCCGUAAUAUCUUGUGCGUGUUCCUGAAGAUAAUGGAAAACUAUCGCAUCCUCAAGCCGUUUCUGGUUAAUUUGUUGUUUCAAUGCAAUGUGUGGGAUCUCCUCGAGGACUACGUGGAGGGUGGAAACAGAGCCGUAAGAACUCUAGCCACGCUUCUGUGCUUCCAUCGCGAUAGGAACGUAUGUUGGAUAGAUGUUUUAGCCUAGUAAUGCUUUACCUGUAAUUUCAUUCAUUUCAUUUAAGAAUAUAAAACCAUUAAUAAAGUUAUUGUUUAAAAAAU